AUGAACACCAACUUUGUACUGGGCAACGCGCAAAUUGUGGACUGGCCCAUCGUCUACAGCAACGACGGAUUCUGCAAACUGUCGGGCUACCACAGGGCGGAGGUCAUGCAGAAGAGCAGCACCUGCAGCUUCAUGUACGGCGAGCUCACCGACAAAGACACGACGGAAAAAGUGCGUCUGACUUUUGAGAACUACGAGAUGAACUCAUUUGAAAUCCUCAUGUACAAGAAGAACAGGACGCCCGUAUGGUUCUUUGUGAAGAUCGCGCCCAUUCGAAAUGAGCAGGAGAAGGUGGUCCUGUUCCUGUGCACCUUCAGUGACAUCACCGCCUUUAAGCAACCCAUCGAGGAUGACUCGACCAAAGGCUGGGGGAAGUUUGCGCGACUGACUCGAGCUCUGACCAGCAGCCGAGGCGUCCUGCAGCAACUCCAGCCCACCGUCCACAAAGGAGAGAAUGUACAUAAGCACUCGCGCCUGGCUGAGGUGCUCCAGCUGGGCUCCGACAUCCUGCCCCAGUACAAGCAGGAGACCCCCAAGACGCCCCCGCACAUCAUCCUACACUACUGCCUCUUUAAGACCACUUGGGACUGGGUCAUCCUCAUCCUCACUUUCUACACGGCCAUUAUGGUGCCCUACAAUGUGUCCUUCAAGACCAAGCAGAACAACGUGACGUGGCUGGUGGUGGACAGCAUCGUGGACGUUAUCUUCCUGGUGGAUAUCGUGCUCAACUUCCACACCACCUUCGUGGGGCCGGCCGGCGAGGUCAUCUCGGAUCCCAAACUCAUUCGCAUGAACUACCUGAAGACCUGGUUCGUGAUAGACCUGCUCUCCUGUCUGCCCUACGACGUCAUCAACGCCUUUGAGAACGUCGACGAGGGUAUUAGCAGCUUGUUCAGCUCCCUGAAGGUGGUGCGGCUCUUGCGUCUGGGCCGAGUGGCCCGCAAACUGGACCACUACAUCGAGUACGGCGCCGCCGUGCUGGUUCUGCUGGUGUGCGUGUUUGGUCUGGCCGCUCACUGGUUGGCCUGCAUUUGGUACAGCAUCGGCGACUACGAAGUGAUCGACGAGGAGACCAACAUCGCCCGCAUGGACAGCUGGUUGUACAUUCUGGCCGAGGCGGUGGGCAGGCCUUACCGCUUCAACGCCAGCGGUUCGGGCAAGUGGGAGGGCGGCCCCAACAAGGACUCGGUCUACAUCACCUCGCUCUACUUCACCAUGACCAGCCUGACCAGCAUCGGCUUUGGCAACAUUGCGCCCACCACGGACGGAGAGAAGCUCUUCGCCGUGGCCAUGAUGAUGAUCGGAUCUCUCUUGUACGCUACCAUCUUCGGUAACGUGACCACCAUCUUCCAGCAAAUGUACGCAAACACCAACCGCUACCACGAGAUGCUCAACAGUGUGCGGGACUUCCUCAAGCUCUACCAAGUGCCCAAAGGACUGAGUGAACGGGUUAUGGACUACAUUGCGUCGACCUGGUCCAUGUCGCGGGGCAUCGACACCGAAAAGGUGCUGCAGAUUUGUCCAAAAGACAUGCGAGCAGACAUUUGCGUCCAUCUCAACCGGAAGGUGUUCAAAGAGCACCCGGCCUUCAGACUGGCAAGCGAUGGAUGUUUGCGGGCACUGGCCAUGGAAUUCCAGACCAUUCACUGCGCGCCCGGCGACCUCAUCUACCACGCGGGCGAGAGUGUGGACAGCCUCUGCUUCGUAGUAUCGGGGUCAUUGGAAGUCAUCCAGGAUGACGAGGUCGUGGCCAUACUGGGCAAGGGGGACGUCUUCGGGGACGUCUUCUGGAAGGAGGUGACGCUGGCUCAAGCCUGCGCCAACGUGCGCGCUCUGACGUACUGCGACCUCCAUGUGAUCAAGCGCGACGCCCUGCAGAAAGUGCUCGAAUUCUACACGGCCUUCUCGAAUCACUUCUCCCGCAAUCUGCUGCUCACUUACAACCUGCGCAAGAGGGUCACCCUGCCCAAGAGAGAGCGAGGCUGA